UCUGUUUCUGUUGAGUUUCCUGUGAAUCAGAUUUGGUGACUCAGUAUUUACUAUUUGUAACGGGAUUACAUUCCGUCUAACGGGCUGCAGCUUCGGCGCAGGCGCAGGCGGCUCCGCAGCAGCUGCCGUCACCUCCUCCUCCUCCUCCUCCUCCUCCUGCUCCUCCUGCUCCUCCUGCUGCUCCUCAGAGGCGCCGCGUUACUGACUCCACUGCUGGAUCCUGGUCUCCGUGGACUCAGACUGAUGGAUCGCAGCUGAGAUAACGUCCUCUCCGUCUCCGCCGAGCUGCUGCAGCGCCGCGCGCGCGCGGGAACGACGUGGGCUCUCUGCAGCCGAAGACUAGAGGAAUUCACCCCCCACCUCACCCCCCUCCUGCCUCCUCAUCUGCUCGCCCACCAUGGUCCCACUGCUGCCCCCCAGGAAGGAUGUGAGCUGAAGGAGCUGUCCGUCCGUCGUGGUGCUGACGCGGCCGUGACAGCGCGAGCAUGGCCGCCGGGAAGCUUCUGCUCUACGCCGGGCUGUCUUUGUCUCUGUGCGCCUUGGGCAUGCUGGCCGUGGCGAUGUGCUCCGACCACUGGUACGAGACCGACGCCAGGAGGUACCGGGAGCGGUGCCGAAGCUUUUCCAGCCGCCGCAAGGACCCGGGCUUCAUCUACAUCCCCAACAUCAGCCUGCCGCUGCGGGCCAGCCAGAGCGGCGCGCCGCGCUGGGAGGAGCGGCUGCUGCCCGCGCGGAGCCGCCGCCAGCUGUUCGCCAUGAGCGCCGCGGACGAGUGCAGCCGGCACCACAACUCCACCAACAUGGGGCUGUGGAGGCGCUGCCACCGGGCCGGCUUCGACCACGAGACGGAGGAGCUCAUCAGGAAAGGUAAGGCGCGAGGCCGCCGAUGCACGCGCCGCGUCACGCGCUCCACCGCGGCCGAUGCGCUCUGGUGA